CACUAGCCCAGGGAAAAACAAAGUUUUUGUUAUGAUUUAACUGCGCGAAGAAUAAAUGAAAUGUGCCAUUUAAGGACCUGAGGAUGCGCUUGCGCCGCCGGUGGCCGCGAAGAAUGCGGCGUGUCAUAGAACAAUUGCGACUCCAGUCUCGCAGGAAGCUGCAGUUGCUCCUGGUCUUUGGGGGACUCUGCCUGGUGGUUUGGUUAGCUACCAGCUAUCUUUCCGCAUCGGAAAAGGGCAACACCGGCGACUUCGGCAGCUCCUGCAGCGCCAUCGACGCGGUUUACACUUGGGUCAACGGCUCGGAUCCCAAUUUCAUAGAGUCCAUCCGGCGAUUCGACUCCAAAUACGAUCCCUCGCGGUUCGACGACAAGAAUGAGCUGCGCUACUCGCUGAGAUCGCUGGAGAAGCACGCCAAUUGGAUCAGGCAUGUCUACAUAGUGACCAAUGGCCAGAUUCCCAAUUGGCUUGACCUCAGCUACGAGAGGGUUACAGUAGUGCCCCACGAAGUGCUGGCUCCCGAUCCCGCCCAGUUGCCCACCUUUUCCAGCUCCGCCAUCGAGACAUUCCUGCACCGCAUACCAAAGCUGUCCAAGCGGUUUCUCUACCUAAACGACGACAUAUUCCUGGGAGCACCCCUGUAUCCAGAGGAUCUGUUCACAGAGGCGGAGGGAGUGCGAGUGUACCAGGCCUGGAUGGUGCCCGACUGCGCCUUGGACUGCCCGUGGACCUACAUAGGAGAUGGAGCCUGCGAUCGGCACUGCAACAUCGAUGCCUGCCAGUUUGAUGGAGGAGACUGCAGCGAAAGUGGGACAGCGGACGGCGGCCACGCCUUCCCACAAAGCCAUGAGGUUCUCGAAGUAGAGCCUGACGCCGUUCCAAAAACUCCUGUUCAUCGCUUCCCUCACGUGGGUCUCCAAAAGCUUUUUAGGAGCAGCUCGGCUAACUUCAAGGAUGAGAUGCGCAACCGCAACGUGUCGACGCUCAAGGAACUCCGCCGCAUCGUGGAGCGUUUCAACAGGGCCAAGCUUAUGUCGCUGAAUCCCGAAAUGGAGGCGACUAGCUCCGAGCCACCGACCACCCAACGCCAUACACUGCACAAGCAGGAUUUCAAGUCCUCCACCGACAUCUACUCCCACUCGCUAAUUGCCACCAAUAUGUUGUUAAAUCGGGCCUAUGGCUUCAAGGCACGCCACGUUCUAGCCCACGUGGGUUUCCUGAUCGACAGGGAUAUUGUGGAGGCCAUGCAACGACGUUUUCGGCAACAAGUCCUAAACACGGCCCUUCAGCGCUUUCGGGCGCCCACAGAUCUGCAGUAUGCCUUCGCCUAUUACUCCUUCCUGAUGAGCGAAACGCAGGUAAUGGGUGUGGAGGAGAUCUUCGACGAGUUCGACACCGACGGCUCGGCCACUUGGUCGGAUAGGGAGGUGCGCACCUUCCUCACACGCAUUUAUCCACCGCCCCUAGACUGGUCAGCCAUGCGAUACUUCGAGGAAGUAAUUCAGAACUGCACCAGGAGUCUAGGGAUAAAUAUAAGAGUGGAAUCAGUUGAACACUCUACGCUGGUCUACGAGCGAUAUGAGGAUUCUAAUUUGCCCACUAUCACCAGAGAUCUAGUAGUGCGGUGUCCCCUGCUGGCUGAAGCAUUGGCGGCCAACUUCGCCGUGCGACCCAAGUAUCACUUCCACGUCAGCCCAAAGAGAGUUUCGCACAGCAACUUUAUGAUGCUCACCUCCAACCUAACAGAAGUGGUGGAAUCCCUAGACCGAUUACGCCGGAAUCCGCGCAAGUUCAACUGUAUCAACGACAAUCUCGACGCUAAUAGAAGGGAAGACAACGACAUGGUUCGCCACCUACUCGAGGACUUUUACCUGUCCUUCUUCCCGCGGCGCAGCAAGUUCGAGCUGCCACCGCAAUUCCGCAAUCGCUACGCAUCGUGGCGGGACUAUCAGCGCUGGAAGCGAAGAAAGCGCGCCGUUCUGGUGAUUGGCUAUGGAGUGAGUCUGCUGCUGGUCGUCUUUCUGCUGCGUUUCAUGUGCCACCAUAAGGCCAAGUUUGUGAGGCGCUGUGUUCAGCGCUUGUAGGUCUCCCCUUUGGGAUAUUCUCUCUUCUGCAAUGUUGUGAUAUGUUGUGAACAUUUAUGUAUAUUGGCCAUUUCUGCAAGCGAUCGUAGUCAAAUCUAGUUGAAGGCCACGUGCAAGGCUAUUUUUCUAGUUCUUUAGGUGCAUGCUAGAGGCUACUUUUAAGAAUAGUCAUUAAGUGUCAGUACCUAGUGAAAUUUUAUAGAAUCUUUUGUUACUUACCAGUUGCAGUCGAACUGUUUUGGGUUGAAUUUCAUAAUAUUUAAGUUUAUUUUUUUUAAUUUGGCUCCAUAAUAGUGCUGGAUUUUCCAGAAAGGCAAAUAUUAAUUCAAAAGCUAAUUUCUCUUAGAUCAAAAAUACGCAAGUCGAACUUAGAUCAUUUUGUUUUUAUAUAAAUAUAUGUAUCUAUAAACUCCGUGAAAUACGCCUUGAAUCUUAUUUUUAAAUGUUGUCUGCUAAUCGAUUUCUAGUAUGGUUUUCGAUCCUGUCUAAAUAUAUACUCUCCAUUGCUUUCCGCUGCUCUGGAACUAGGAAAC